CCCACCUUCUUCUUCGCUCUCUUCUCAGUCGUCACUCCUCACUCAACUCUCGUCUCUCUCAUUUCUUCUUCCAAAACCCUACUCUUUUCUCUCUCUCUGUCGAUCGAUCGAAUCGCAGCGAGACAGAGCGGCGAAGAUGGAGCCUCCGAGCGAUUCGCCCGACCCGUUCGCUGAAUUCCCUCCCCUCGAGUUCUACCCCUUCGAGCCCCUCCCAAACCCCACCCCCACCCCCAUCCCCGUCCCUCCCCCGCCCCCCGUCCCUCCCUCCCCUCAGAACCCUAGCUCCGCGUCGCCCUCGGCCUCCGGCUCCGCCUACAACCCCCUCCUCUCCUUCACCAUCCCCAAGAAGCGUCGGCGAGGCCGGUCGCAGCGGAACGUCGCUCCCUUCCAGCUCCCUCCCUUGCCGCUGUCGUCCGGUAAUCCUGGCUCCGCGUCCGCGUCGGCAUCGGCGGCCUCUUCGUCCGCUCUGCCGCCGGCUGCUGCUGCUGCUGCUUCGAGUAAGCCCGCUCUGGGAAACCCUAGCUCUGUCCCCGACGCUUCUGAUGAGAUCAUCGUGAUCAAUAGAGAGUCCACGGGUGAGGCCUUGAUCGCGCUCACGGCCGGGUUCCCCGCUGACUCGCUCACCGACGAAGAGAUCGAUUUCGGCGUUGUGCCGGUGAUUGGUGGGAUCGAACAGGUUAACUAUAUUUUGAUUAGGAACCACAUCAUUGCGAAAUGGCGCGAGAAUGUGUCCAAUUGGGUUACCAAGGAGAUGUUUGUGGAUGUGAUUCCUAAACAGUGCACUUCUCUACUGGACUCUGCUUAUGAUUACUUGGUUUCUCAUGGGUAUAUUAAUUUUGGGGUUGCGCCCGCAAUUAAAGAGAAGAUUCCAGCAGAGCCGAGCAGGCAUAGCGUGGUUAUUGUCGGCGCUGGGCUUGCAGGAUUGGCUGCAGCACGGCAUUUAAUGCGGUUAGGUUUUAAGGUGACAGUUUUGGAGGGUAGGAAGAGAGCAGGUGGGAGGGUUUAUACAAAGAAGAUGGAAGGGGGGAACAAAUUAUCAGCUGCUGCCGAUUUAGGGGGAAGUGUAUUGACUGGGACAUUGGGGAACCCCCUCGGGAUUGUUGCUCGGCAGCUAGGGCAUCCACUUCACAAGGUGAGGGAUAAAUGCCCUCUUUAUAGGGUGGAUGGGAAGCCGGUUGACCCUGACAUCGACAUGAAGGUUGAGACUGCUUUUAAUCGUCUCUUGGAUAAGGCUAGCAGGCUUAGGCAGUCGAUGGGAGAGGUUUCCAUGGAUGUUUCACUUGGAUCUGCCCUGGAAACGUUUAGGCCGGUUUAUGGGGAUGCUGUAAAUGCUGAGGAAAUGAACUUGUUCAAUUGGCAUCUUGCCAAUUUGGAAUAUGCUAAUGCAGGUUUGCUCUCAAAGCUUUCCCUUGCAUUUUGGGACCAGGAUGAUCCUUAUGAUAUGGGAGGUGAUCACUGUUUUUUGCAUGGAGGGAAUGGAAGGCUGGUUCAGGCUUUGGCUGAGAAUGUACCGAUUUUGUACGAGAGAACUGUGCAUACUAUCAGAUAUGGCAAUGAUGGUGUGCAAGUCAUGGCGGGUAGCCAGGUUUUUGAGGGUGAUAUGGCACUUUGUACCGUUCCUCUUGGUGUUUUGAAAAGUGGGUCUAUCAAGUUUAUUCCUGAGUUGCCUCAGAGAAAGCUUGACGGGAUAAAGAGGCUGGGAUUUGGACUGCUAAAUAAGGUUGCAAUGCUUUUUCCUCAUGUGUUUUGGGGCACAGAUCUUGACACCUUUGGACACUUAAAAGAUGAUCCAAGCCGCCGCGGGGAGUUCUUUUUGUUUUAUAGCUACGCAACAGUUGCAGGUGGUCCUCUCUUGAUUGCAUUAGUAGCUGGGGAAGCUGCACACAAGUUCGAGAGCAUGCCCCCUACUGAUGCAGUGACGCGGGUUCUUCAAAUUCUUAAGGGUAUCUAUGAACCGCAGGGGAUUAAGGUACCAGAUCCUAUCCAAACUGUCUGCACCAGGUGGGGUGGUGAUCCUUUUAGCCUUGGUUCAUACUCUAAUGUGGCGGUAGGUGCCUCCGGAGAUGACUAUGAUAUUUUAGCUGAAAGUGUGGGAGAUGCAAGGCUCUUCUUUGCCGGGGAGGCAACUACCAGAAGGUAUCCUGCAACUAUGCAUGGGGCCUUUGUGACUGGGCUGAGAGAAGCUGCUAAUAUGGUUCAUCAUGCUAAUGCUCGUGCUUCAAAGAAAAAGAUUGACCAGACUCCAUCGAAGAAUGCCCAUUCCUGUGCUUCCAUUCUAGCUGACUUAUUCAGGGAACCUGAUUUGGAAUUUGGGAGUUUUGCUGUCAUUUAUGAGAAGAACUCUGACCCCAGUGCUGGUGCAAUUUUGAGAGUGACUUUUAGUGAGCCUCGUAAAAAAGCUCAUGAUGGUCUGAAGUCAGACCAGCAUACCAAUAAACUACUAUUUCAACAGCUUCAGUCACAUUUUAAUCAGCAACAACAACUUCACAUUUACACCUUGUUGUCAAAGCAACAGGCUCUUGAGCUCAGAGAAGUGAGAGGAGGUGAUGAGAUGAGGUUUUAUCAUCUUUCUGAAAAGCUUGGGAUAAAAUUGGUAGGGAGGAAAGGUUUAGGACCUGCUGCUGAUUCUGUGAUUGCUUCCAUUAAGGCUGAAAGGGGCAAGCGCAAACCUGCUUCAGUUUCUUUGGCUACUAAAUCAGGUACAUUGCUAAAUAAAAGAGGUGCUCCGAAGCAAAAAGUUGUCAGAAAAGCUAAAAUAGUGGGCAAAAGUGGAGGUCUGGGAGCUCUUCCUGGUUUGAAUGCUGAAAGCAGUAAGGUGACACAUGAUGUUAAGAGCACAAAUCAAGCCACUCCUGGCCCAUCUGAGACAGGGCAAGUUCAUGAUGACAUAACGAAGCGGUUAGAAGAAAGUGUACACCUCGCAGACAGGUGAAUGUUCAGACUAUGAUCUUCCCCUGCAUAAGGGCUAACCUGCAGCUUCCUGUCAAGAAGAUAACAUACAUCGAUGACCAGUUAGUUUGUGAUGUUUUGGGCAGGUUGUGCUUUGCAUCUAUAUGGCCUUGCUUGUAAUGCUGGUGUCCCUGAGCUGUGUAAUGUUGGUUAUCGUCGAUUAAUCAUCAUGGAUCACCAACAUUUACAUGGCUAAUGAAAGCUCCAAAUGGAUUGUGGCUAGGCUUUGUGAACUAGCAGAUGAAAAAGUGUUAAGAAACUCAUUCUGAAGCAAGAGCUGGUGAACCAGUUUCCUCCCCUCCACCUCCAUGCUAAGAAACUGUCUUCAUGAAGGCCUGUAUUUCGUUGUCGUACUGGCAAUAUUCAAAUGUGGCAUCUCUUUUUGCUGCUGAUCGUACUGACUGCUGCCAAUCAUGCGAUAGAAUGAGAUUACCCUUUACUACCUCAAGGAAGCAGGACUUAGAUUUUUUUUUUUUUUGGUGAGACUGUCACAAUCAUGCUAUUUUUUGGAAAACAGUUUAAGGCAUGUGGUCAAAGAACUUUUGAUGCUUCCAAAGUGUUUAUUGGUGAAAUUCAGCUAUACAACCGAGGUUCAAAGAUUCCUCUAGGUGUAACAGAAAGGAGACUCCCUUUUCUCUUGUGAAAUUCCAGAUACAAAUGUAAAUACAUCAGGUACUUAUUUCAAUCUAGGCAGAUGCCAGUUUGGAAAUUGUUAUGGAAUUCGCAUGGGUUUUUU